AUGAGACGGCAAGUACUAUUGUUCUUCUCGACGCUGUUUUUCUGUCCAGUGCUUGGGCAGGUCAGCUAUUCUAUUCCCGAGGAAAUGUCCAAAGGCUCGUUGAUUGGCAACAUAGCACAAGAUUUAGGUUUAGAGUUAAAACGUCUGAAAACGGGAAAAGCUCGCUUGCAUGUUGGAAAUGGCGCUGAAUACAUCGAGUUGAAUAAAGAAAAGGGUCUCCUUCUCAUCAAAGAGAGAAUGGACCGAGAGGCGUUAUGCAAGCAAACGACUCCUUGUGCUUUACAUUUUCAAAUCAUUUUGGAAAACCCCAUCGACAAUGUGACUGUGAAAGUAAUGAUCCAGGACCAGAACGACAACCCUCCUCAGGUUCUGUACCCAGUCCAGACUGGUGGCUCUCUGGUGGCUGAGAUGGUGCCUCGUUCAGCAGAUGUGGGCUAUCUGGUCACUAAAGUGGUGGCUGUUGAUGUGGACUCUGGACAGAAUGCCUGGCUCUCCUAUAGACUGCAGAAAGCCACAGACAGGGCGCUGUUUGAAGUGGGCUUACAGAAUGGAGAAAUAAGAACUAUCCGCCAAGUCACUGAUAAAGAUGCUGUGAAACAAAGACUGACUGUUAUAGUGGAGGACAACGGGCAGCCCUCUCGUUCAGCUACAGUCAUUGUUAACGUGGCGGUGGCGGACAGCUUCCCUGAAGUGCUGUCUGAGUUCACUGACUUUACACAAGACAAGGAGUACAAUGACAACCUGACUUUCUACUUAGUGCUGGCUUUGGCUGUAGUUUCCUUCCUCUUCAUCACGUGUUUAGUGGUUAUUAUAUCAGUGAAGAUCUACAGGUGGAGACAGUCUCGCGUCAUGUAUCACUCCAAUCUCCCUGUGAUUCCGUAUUAUCCACCACGUUACUCAGACACUUUGGGGACAGGGACUCUCCAACACGUGUACAACUACGAGGUGUGCAGGACGACCGACUCCAGAAAGAGUGACUGUAAGUUCGGCGGAGCCGGUAGUCAGAACGUGCUGAUAAUGGACCCCAGUUCUACAGGGACGAUGCAGCGGAUACAGAGUGAAAGGAGCAUCCUGGAUGAACCAGACUCUCCUCUAGAGUUGUACUAA